AGCAAACCGAAAGUUUGACAGAAAGUGAGUGUAGAUUGACAGGUACACUGGAUCUCGCUGUCACUAGAUAAAGGCACAGAGAGUCAAGAACAACCAGCAGCAAAUUUACCUCACAGAAACAGACAUCAGCAGACAAGGACCAUGAAACAGAGGAAGAUCCUGCUAAUUGGGAAAACUGGAGAUGGCAAAAGCAGUACUGGGAACACAAUUCUCAGAAAAGAAGUAUUCACCUCCAGAGCCUCUGCUAGUUCAGUAACCGCUAAAUCUGUAAAAGGAGUCGGGACGAUUAAUGGAAGAAAAAUCACAGUUAUCGACACCCCUGGGUUCUUUGACACAGAUCGUGAUGAAAAGGAAAUCAUUUCUGAGAUCUACGAUUGUCUUAUUGAAAGCGCUCCUGCUGUUCAUGCCAUUGGUCUCGUUUUCAAGGUUGGAAGAUACACGAAACAUGAAUAUGAGGUUGUGCAGCAAUUGCUGAGCUCACUGAAAGAGGACGUCCUGAAACACACCAUGAUCUUAUUCACUUUCGGUGAACAGCUAGAAGGCUUGACCAUUGAAGAAUUCGUGAAGGGAAAUGGAAAACUGCAGGAGCUUGUAGAUAAAUGUGGAGGUCACUGUCACGUCAUUGACAACAAACACUGGAAUAACCGUGUGCUAUUCUCAGGUUACAGGAGCAACAGAGUUCAGGUGAAGAAAAUGUUAGACACCAUUGACGAGAUGGUGAAGAAGAAUGGCUGCUACACCAAUGAGCAGAUUCAGAAGGUGGAUGAACAGAUCGAAAAGGAGGUGAAAAACCUUCCUCCUCGAGACCAAAACAACUUGACCCCAGAGGAGAAACGAGAAAAAGCUAAAAAAAUACUACGCCAAAAAAAGUUAUAUCAAGUUGCAGGAGCAGUUACAGGAGCUGUGACGGGUCCUCUUUUGGGUGCUUUUGCUUCAAGUGUAUAUUUAUUUCAAGCAUUAGGCAUUUCAGAUGUAUUGAAAGCCAGGGCAGCAAAUGCAGCAGUAGCGGCAUUUGAAACUGCUGUCACAGGAGGAGCAGCAGCUGGAGGAGGAGCCGCAGCAACUGGGGGAGGAGUCACAGCAGCUGGAGUAGGAGCUGUAGCAGCUGGAGGAGGAGCCGUAGCAGCUGGGGGAGGAGCCAUAGCAGCUGGAGGUGGAGCCGUAGCAGCUGGGGGAGGAGCUGUAGCAGCUGGGGGAGGAGCCGUAGCAGCUGGAGGUGGAGCCGUAGCAGCUGGGGGAGGAGCUGUAGCAGCUGUGGAAACAGGAGCAGUGGCUUCAGGCGCAGCAGCUGCAGGAACUUCCAUCACUGCAUGGUUUCUUGGAAUCGCAACUGUUGCAGCAGCGGCUGUAGGAGCAGCCACUGGGUGGAAAGCAGCAGAAGACGCUGAUUCAGUGUCUGACGCCAUGAACAAGGCAGCAGACGCCAACUAUGAGAAUGCGAAAACUAUCUAUGAGAAAAUAAAUGCUUUUUAUAAAAAAAAAAAAUGAUUGAAUAUAGAUAUUCAAUUCAAUCUGAAAUGCUUAAAUUAAAUACUGGCCUCAUUAAAGCAAUUGAAAAACUAUAAGCAGACUUCAUUUUAGACUGUUUACAUAAACCCAAUGCAUACAAAACCUGAAAUGUUUCUCACUGCAUUUCAAAAAAUUUCCACUUCAAAACUUCUUUUCCAGACUUCGUCACUCUAGAUGACAUUAUUAGUGUUCACCCAGAACUUACCGACUACAGGUUGGGGAUCCUGAUCUACACUCAGGGUUUCUCUGCUUUUCAGAUGCAGAGUUCAUUGUUUAACGUCCAUGUUAGAGCACUUGCCUCCCAUACCAAAACUGCCAGUUCAUGCCCCGCUUUGAUGCAUAUUUUUAAGCUAUAUAAUUUGUGCCAUGGUGGCUCAGUAAUUAGCAAUGUCGCCUAGACCCGCACGAUUCUGGCUAAAAUGAGAAUCGCGAUUUUUUUUGCUUAAUAUAAAGAUCAGGAUUUUCUCACGAUUCUGUAGAUGUAAAAU